AUGGCUAACCUUGGAAAUUCUUUGUCUUGUGAAGUGAGAAUCAUAGAAGCCAAAAACCUAAAUUUCAUAAGAACUGGUAACCUCUUUGUUAGAUGCUAUCUAUCCACAAGCAACAACGAGAAGAUUCGGCUUAAUUGUCGAGAGAUCCCAACCACGAGUCACCCUUACUGGAACGAUUCCAUCUCCUUGGAGUGCUCUGCUACCAAUGACGACAAGAACUGCCUUGAAGAACUCAAGCAACAAAGCGUGGUGUUCGAGUUAAGAUGGAGAAACAACUCACCGAUUAUAGGGAAAAUCGGUGGAUCUAAGGUAUUGGGUAAGGCUGUGAUAUCUUGGAAAGAAGUGUUGGAAUCGCCUGAAUUGGCGAUUCAAAAAUGGGUCAGUACGGUUUCAUCAGCUAGUCGUGAUGUAAUUGAAGGUCUGAAGCCGAAACCACCACCUGCACUCCAUGUUGGGUUGAAGGUUAGAAUUCCAACAAGCAUGGCUGCAGAGAUGGUGAAGAGAAGGAAAGAGGUUGAGUUGCAGAGGUGGUGGAACAAGUGUGGUUGCAGAGAUGGAAGUUGCUCUAAAUAUUAUAAUUGUGGAGAUGAUGAACUCUUUGCACUAGCAGCUGCAAUUGAGGCUUUGUAA